CAUUGCUAUUCUACUAUAGACAACACUAGUACUGUGACCUCUGGUGACCAUUGCUACUCAGUUGCACUUCUUGUCACAGAUACCCCUCUCAAAGGCAAAGAGUCAAAUGGUGAUUUACCCUCCAUUGAUGCUAACGAAGUGACAAUCCCAACUAUAGAAUGCUUUGAUGAUUAUUAUUACGCUACUCCAAUUACCAAGGUCUCUGAUGGGGAAUUAAGUUCUGUGCAUCCUGUUCAUAGCCCACUUUUUGUUGGUGAGAUCGAACUCUCAGAUACUCCACUAAAAGGCAACAGAUAUUUGAAUGUCCAUUGUGAUGUGUCAGUUUCUACUACAGAACCCUAUGAUGAUACCUUUGAUGUUUGGGUACCAAAUGUUACAGAAGAACAAACAACUUCUCCAGAUCUUUCACCAAGAACUCCUGUUGUAAAAUGCGUGACUGAUGCAGCUAUAGUCAUGAGCCAAGAUGAAUCACCAUUUACUACAACUCUAAAGGAAGCUAACAGAGAUGGUGGAUCCUUUCAAGUUGUGAUGGACAAUUUAAAUUUACAUCAAAAGACCAGACAUAAAACACUUGAUAACAAGAACAAAAUACACAACUUAGUUCAUUCUAUUGCUGUCCAUUCUCGUGUGUCAGGAUUGGAUUUGGAUUCAACCCAUCCACAGGCUGAUAUAUUAUCCAUCCCAAAUGAUGCAUUCAUCCCUGGAGACCAAGAGUACUUUGACCUGCAUCAGGACUUCAAGACAUUGAUGAAGAGAACUCUUAUUGAAAAUGUACCAUGCUUGGAAAACUUAAAGUAUUUAGUGGAAUACCAUAUCCAGCAUCAAUAUUCAAAGCAGUCAGAAAAAAAGAGCAAUGUUAUUCCUUUAGGCAUUUUAGAGAAAGACGAGAACAUCAUGGAACAGAUGAUUGAGAUAAUGGAACACCUGCAACAGUAUGUGCCAACAACAGAGAACGGUAAAAUGAUACCAUUACUUCUUGGAGGAGAUGCAUUGAGUGUAGAAAGGGGUGAUGGAGCACAGAGAGCCAGACAAGAUGCAAGGACACCAGAGCAGAGGCUAGAUGGAUACGUUUGGAAAAGUGAGGACUGGCAUGGCCACAUAAUAUUAUUACAGGAAUCAUUUAAUAUGCUGUUCAAAGGCUCAUCAUCUGGUGAAAGAGGAACACUGUUCCAGUUAAGGAAUAUGCUUGAUAGACGUGGAGUAAAAUCAGAGGUGACAAAAGCAGUGAAUGAUUGCAGAGAGUUUAUGAGAUUGACCACUCAAGGUUUUAUACUCCUAGCUGCAUUACAAGUCCUUGGAGUAGACAACUUGAAUGAAUUCGAUAACCACGAAAUAAUCUUGCAACAGAUGAACAAAAAGCAGAAUUAAUGGAACAUAUUGUUCAGACUAUUGUUGAUCGUUUCAUUAAGACAGAACGGUUUACUCUAGAUUGUGAUGACAUAACAGAAGACAACAAUGAAACCAAUAGAGUGCCAUGCGGUUAUCCUGGUUGUCCAAAAUCUUACCUGUUGGAUGGACUGUGUCGGCGCAACCAUCGACAAACUUGUCAAUAUAAAGAUUUAAAUAUAUUACAGCCACAUGAACCAGUCGCAAAUGAACCAAAGAAGAAGACAAAGGAAAAAUCUGCAGAUUCCAAAACUGACUUUAAGUUUAAUUACACAUGUUGUGUGCUUCGGGAUGGUUUGAUGGACUGGUGUAGGGAAGACUCAGCCAAAGAGAAUGAUGGUGAUCGCCUUUUUCGAAUGUGGAAAUUUGAUAUGCUUAGGUUUUCAAAUUCAAACCAUACAAAAUACCGCCUACUGGCCUUUAAACUUCAAGCACAGAUUAUGGCUACAUUACCUCCAAGGCUUGCCUUUGAACUGAAACAUAAUCGGUCAAUUAAUAUCCAUGGCGGAAAAGGUGGGAACGUACCAGGUGACCUGGCCUUGGAAUUCUUCAACAUGAGAGCCAAGGAUGCUUUGCAUGCGCUGCAUGGAAAUCUAACAUCAACGUCCAUAAAACGUGUUGGUAGAAGCCUUCAAGGAUGCAACGACAUCAUGGAUGCAUAUGUAAAUGGUCUAGGAGAGUAUUUUGGAAAGCCUUCAAAUUCAAAACCAUCUUUGAAAAAGGACAUAAACAUGAUUGUAACACAACUUCAACCAGAGAAACUAUUCAAUGAAAUUCCAGGACGUUAUCACAAAUCCUUUCAAUAUAUUCCAUUCGAUCCACUUUCUGACCUGAAAGGGAAGACUUUUAACAAAUGGCUAACAGAAAAGAAGGAAACAUACGCCAAGAUACAGAGACGGAAAUCAUAUUAUGUAUGAAAAAAAGGUGCUAAACUGUGAUAAAUUGUUAAUGGUGGCUUUAAAAAAUGUUGUAUAAAUACAUGUGUAUACUUGAUUAAGUUACUCCAUUUUAAUCAUACAUUUCAUGUUCAAUAUCAGAAAGCUUUCUAUUAUGUUGUGUUUUUUUAUUUAUAACUUGUGCUUUUUGUUGUUUUAAUGAGUUGAAGGCAGCCCAUUAGUAGCAUGUAUAAAGUUUUUUUUAUUCAUUGUUAUUUUGACCUCUAGAUACUGAUUCUUGGUUGUGUCUCUUAAAAGUAUAAAAAUAUCAUCGUCAGCUGUACAUGUAUUGCUUUGAAAUGAGGCUGGUUUUAUUUAUAGUGCAUUUUUUUUUGUAUGUGUUGGUUUUAUUUAUGGUGCAUUUUUUUUGUAUGAAAACAUGACUGGUACCUGCAUGAUAACCUUUUUACUUUCAUGCAUGUAUUUCAAUAUUUUAAAGUUAAACAUGUUUAUUAGUCAGCCUAGUGCUAACCUUGAAAAUGUAGAUUUAUGUGUAAUUCAAAGAAAAACAGCCAUCCUUCUAAAAAACUUAUGUAUUUAUAUGUCAUGGAUACUACCAAUAGUGCAUCACUUGAUCAUUUCUUCUUUAGUGCAUAAUUUAUCAUUUUCUCAUUUACUAAGAAAUAUAAAAUGAAAACAUCUUCUGUGCAAUAACAGUAGAAGUAAUAAUAAAUGCAGUAAUAUGUUAGCAUUUAAUUUUUUACAACUGUCAUGAUUAUUGGUGUUUUUUUUUUACAUAUAUGUUAUAUGUAAUUUAAAGUUUUUGAAUGUUAUUUUAAUUAUUAUGAAGUGAAUAGUGCAAUGUUAAGAAAAUUGUGAUAUUUGUGUGUGUUAUUUUUAAUCUUUGGUAUACAUGUAUCUAGUAGAAACAUUGACUGUCCAUCAAUCCUGGAGAUCAACAAUAAUAGAACUUCAUUUUUAUGUUUUCAUAGUGCGAAAAAAGUAAUUGUUCACAAGUCAUGUGCUUUAUUUACUCUGUAUGUAUACUGUUUAAAUUUCAUUGUUUUUCAUCUGUCAAUUAAAUUAUUAAAAAUUCAGCUUGGAAAAAUUCAAGCAAUAAUAAACAUGAAAAGCAGUCUUAA